UCCUUUGAUGGUUUUUUUUGAUAUCGAGUCUUCUUCACCUUGUACCUGUUGUGUUGAGAAUGGCUGGGUGGUGGUAGUUCUCCUCUUCGGGAGUUGAGGAAGCGAUUAAUAUUUACUGGCACAGUGUAGCGUCCUAAGUCAUUUUCCGUGUAGUAUUUUCAUCGUUAGUGGCCAUGUCGUUUAGUUCUGGUCGAGACGUCUCUUUGACGUCAAGUGACAGUUUGUCAUGGAAAAAAUCGACGAGUGAUUAUACUGAUCAGAAUCCUAUUACGGAUCCUUUAGCAGAGCGUCUGUCAGCUCCUGGCUUCGAUGCAGAAGCAUAUGUGAGGGAGCUGUCGCGCAACUGUGUAGGUGACCUGGAACUCCAAUCACAUCGAAAGCGCAUCCAAGCAGUCAGUGAAGAAACGUCACAGGCACUGAAGAAGAAUGUGUACAAAAACUACACGCAGUUCAUUGAGACGUCGAAGGAAAUUUCCUACCUCGAGGCGGAAAUGUACCAGCUGAGUCACCAGUUGACUGAGGAGCGUCUUCUGCUGCAAAGCUUCUAUGAUCUCUCGUUGAAGGACGAGUCAGCACAACGUGAAAAGAAGCAGGAGAAGGAGAAGACUAACUUGGCCAGUUUGCUGGAGACUGUGGAGGGGUGCUCUCAAGUGACUGAGGUCCCCGGUCGCUAUGUAGUUCACCAAGGCACGCUAAUGCACCUCAAGUCGGAGACAUUGGAGGCAAAGCAACUGAUCAGGGCUUUCCUGCUCAACGACAGUUUGAUGUUGACAAGCAUAUUGCGAAAACGGAAUUUGAACCCUGUGGGUACACACGGCUCUGGUCCCGACACGCCGCCGAGACGUAACACCUUGCAGAAGCGUCGCAUUCACCGCGCACCGGACGGCAGCAUCAAUCUCAACCCCGAGAAUGACAGAAGUGACAAGCGCGGGCCUAUUCGCUACCGCUUCUUGGCACUGUUUGAGCUGGAUAACCUUGCUGUUGUGAACCUGAAGGAAACAGAUGAGCAAAGUAACAUGUUCAAAGUGCUCAUGUUCCCGGAUAAUUAUGUCUUCCAGACGGAAACCCCAGAAAAGAAAGCGGAAUGGCUGCAGAUCAUUGACUCCACUAAGCAGAUUCACAAGUACAUGGAAGAUGCACAGAAGCGAAACGCAGCGGAAGGGCAAAAGAAAACACAGGAUUUGUUGUCAGUGGACUGGUUGAAGGAAGUGCCAGAGGAUCUAGAUGUGUUCCUUGCUCAGCGGGAUUUUGAAGCAGCUGUGAAGCUGGUCCAGAAGACCACCGAGUAUUUGUCCGACUUCCAGCAUUCGCAGGCUGCGCGUGAUAUCCGGAAUCGUGUUGAAUCGCGAGUGAAGAAUGUCUGCCAGCAGCUAGUGACGGAGCUGCAGGGUGCGUCAGGCACUGCCGGCAAGAGCAAUCCCAGUGCGGUACGGCGUGUGGUAGCCAUGCUUGUCAAGCUGGGCAGAUCUGCAAAGGCAUGUGAGCUGUUUCUAAAGAACUACAGCCGAGUCAUUGACCAUCACUUCCGCCAACUGAAAAUUGAAGGUAAUACAUCCCUCUACAUUUCUCGCCUGUCAUCGACAUUCUUCUUUGGCCUAAUUGAAGCAGCUGAAGAAUUCCGGAAGGCUUUCUCGGAAAACAAUGACAGUGCUUCAGCGUUUGUUGUUUGGUGCCUGGACGAGCUCAGCGACUUUGUUCAACGGUUUGGUUCUCAGGUGUUUGGUGGUGGUAACACAUUGUCUGUGGUUGCUGAGUGUGUCCACACCGCCGCACAGUACUGUGACAAAUUAAAAGACGUGGGUCUUGAGUUGACCUUCCAGUUCCGCUCUCAGAUCCUCUCUGACCUAUCUCUGUGCCUGGGAGACAGCCGCGAGCAGCUAGUAGAACAGCUUAGACACCGUGCUAAUGCGGAAGACUGGGCAUGCCUGGACUUCAGCAAGAAGCCCGAAGGCCUCUCGCAGCUUAUCUUUGAUAUGGAGGCGUUCGGCGUUGAUGACUUCAAGAACCUAGUCUACGACGGUAGCAAGGUGGACAUAGCACGUACAACGGUGGAGUUUUGUCGCUGUGUCUAUGCAUUCAUUCAAGACGGCAUGAAGAUCUACAUUCCAUCGCUUCACGACACCUUCAUCUCUUGCCUAUGUAUCUUGUUUGAAUGUCAAAUUGUCCACAUCAAGUCUGUGCUGGAGGAGGAUGCCUUCCUGCAACAUCAUGACUUCAUUCGCAAGAAUGCAAUGUUCAUCAUGGAAACCUUCUUACCAAUAAUGGAGGAGAAGCUAGAGGAUGCGUUUGGCCGCGGACUUGACCAGCUGAUGGACUUACACGCAGAACUGGAAGAUCUGCUCGCCGGUGGGGAAGGCCUGGAUGAAUCCGGUCGUGUUGAGGACGAUGAGGAGGAAGAGUCGCUGCCUAUACUCCAGCAAGAGCGCUGCUCCCUGGCAACGUACCUAAUGCACCAGUAUAGUUAACUAGCCCGUGGUAGAGAACCAUCCAGGACGCUAGGCCGUGUGGCGUGCCAUCGUCCUCCACGCACAGGAAGUUGCUUGUCGGCGACCCAGCUUCCUCCUGGUCUGCGAACAUGAUGCAAUGGCCAUUGUGAAACGACACGGCGCUUCGGAUCGGCCAUUGCUGAUACCGGUGCACUAUUUUGGUGCCUGAAGAUAGUCAAGUAAGAGAUUGGCAGAGCCACGCCACGCCACGUGACACAAACAUGUGCAUGCGUACACACACACACACACACACACACACACACACACACACACACACACACACACACACACACGCACAUGAACACGCACACAUACACGAGAGAAUGCAUGUAAAAAUACAUUAUAUAAUACUACUGAUAAUUCUAACCUCGAUUUCCCGAGCAGUAACUUCGAAUUAACCUUAACUUCUAACUUCUAACCCAUUCGAACUUCUAACUUAACCCUGACUUCUAACUUCUAACCGUACCUGCUAAUCGUCUGCUGAGUGUUUUUAAACACGAAACUCGUAGUCAUGAAAAAGAUAUUGGUCUCUGU